AUGUUGCAGUAGUCGUGUAACCAAAUUCAAAGUCUCCUUAUACUUUAGCAGCCCCCUCUUUCUUUAUUUGCCUUCUCUCGUCGCCAGUGUUUGCCUAGAUCCUGCUAUCAACUUAUCGUCAAAGACAGCUCUCAAAAUAUUGAUUCAUAAGUCUUGGGAAUUCAAAUCAUUCAACACCAACCUGCAAUUUGCCUUGUUGUACUGUAUUGGGCAACGCUAAUGCCCCUUCGCAAGACAUCGUUCAUUCUUCGCUUCAAGAAGGAGCAAGUCACCUCAGAUAAUCUACCUAUAUCCUUCGAAAGGGAUAACUUAGAACUUCCUUAUUGGGUAGAAACACUUUCUAACUUGUCAUCAAUUAGUUUAAUCCUGUAUAUUCCAAACCCUCCACAUAAUUCCCUCUUUUUCUAGGGACUUGAACGUUCAAAUAACACCUCAUCAAAAUAUACGGACCCAAGUCUUUUGAGCCUAGCUCACAGGGAUAAUACAUUACAAUGAAGCCAAUCAAUACUUCCAUCGAAACCCCGCAUUAUGAUAUUCUGCCACAAGACGCGCUAGAUCCAAUCCAGCUAGCCACGCACGAAGACCACAAUCAUGACCAUCCCCAUACACCUAGCACCAACCAACUAGUUUGUUUGGCUCAACUGAUGUCGAUGAAAAUUCUUUCGGACUCAAUUCUGGAACUUCCAGGAACGGCACUCACGAAAACGCCGAUGCAUUUCCGAAAACCCCUUCAGGUAUAAAUAUUAAAGCAGAAAAGGUUUCAGCUGUCGCAAAAGAAUCUUCUAUACCGAAUAACGAGGAAACAUCUCAUUUCGAGAAUACAACAACGCAUCGACCCAAGAAAUGGGGGUUUUUUGUCACAAAGUCAGGCCAAACUCGCAAACGCGAUAUCCUGGAGAUCUGCGUCCACGUUGUUAUGGCUGUAGCAGCCAUUAUGGUUUUAGGUAAGAAUGUAUAAACCAUGAAUUUGCAGAACUUAAUGGAUUAUCAGUGUUCGCAAUAUUGGCAGCCAGAGUCGACUCCACGUAUCCCAGCACGUCCAUUAAGUAUACUACCGAGGGGCCAUUCACCCAAAUCUCUCCUUGUGAACCCGUCUUAUUCUACCCUGAUGCCAGCACGGAAGAUGUUGGAUAA